AUGGAGUGCAGGAAGUUUGAGAUAACUCUAGUUUCAGCGAAUGAUCUUGAGGAUGUUCGGAAACUCUUCAAAAUGAAAGUUUACGCCAGGGUUUCAAUCGGAAGCGACCCAAAAACCGAAAGACGAACUCCGGCGGACAAGCACGGAGAGACAGAUCCGGCAUGGAACUUCACCAUGAAAUACACCAUCAGCGAGUCUAUGGUUCAACACUACGGUGUUUCUCUUGUGAUCAAGUUGUAUUGUAAGCGUAAACUUGGCGACCGAUACGUUGGCGAGGUGCAUAUGCCCAUGAAAGAACUUUUUGAUGGUGCUUACUCUUGUGGAGGCAGCGCGAUGGUGAGCUAUCCAGUGCAAAGGGGUUCUGUAAAUUCACAGGGAGUGCUAAAAUUUUCAUACAGGUUUGGAGAGAGAGUUACUGCUGAUAAACUCCUCCUGGUAGAGAGUAUUGGCGACUGGUUUAGAUAUGCUGAUUGA